AUUCCAGUUUCCGCUCCCAUUGUGGAGCCGAGAGUCAAGAUGCAGGGGCUGAUCCUCGCCUGGCUCGCUCUUUUGUCGUCCUUCUCGGGGCUCUGGGGCUCUGGUGAGCUCCCCCACAGCGGCCGCACUUGGUGUCAUGGGUCCGGGGUCUGCUACAGCGUCCACCUAGGCCGCGUGAAUUUUCACCAGGCUCAGAAUGCUUGCGUCCAGCACGGAGGAGGCCUGAGCACGGCUAGCGGCAGCGCGGAAGUCGGGGCCAUCCUCGCUCUGCUGAGAGGACUCGCCAGCGAGACGGGGGUCUCUUCGUUUUGGCUGGGCCUGGUGAAGAAGGCCCAGCAGUGCACCCUCCCAGACCUGCCGCUCAGGGGGUUCUCCUGGGUCUCCCCUGAGCGUCACGAGCCGAGGGCGAACGGGACCGCGACGCCGCCCAACUGGCUCAGAGAGCCGAGCAAGUCCUGCACUAUGCAGAGAUGCGCCGGGCUGCAAGUCAACUUGGAUCAAACACACUCGAAGCCGUGGGGCCUGAAGGACCACGGAUGCUCCAAGGCCAGCCCUGGUUAUAUCUGUAAAUACAGCUACGCGGGCACGUGCCCCGCGCUCCACGCGGCUUCUGGCGUCCGCGGCAUGGUCUAUCGGCUGCCUUUUCAACUUCAAAGCCCGGCCGUAGAAUUCAGCCCCCCCGGCACUGUGCUUAUCAUAAGGUGCCCCGGGCGAGAGGCGCGUUUCACCUGCCACCUGUCGCCCAACGGCUCCCAUUGGGAAGGCACUGAGCAGCGGCUCUGCUCCUGUCCCAGCGGCUACUGGAGCCCGAGCAGCGGAGACUGUGCGGAAUUUACGGACUGCUUUAGCGCCCAAGGCGCGUUCCGUUGCUUUUGCGCUUGGAGAUCCCGCUUGGCGGCAAACGAAGAGAGUUGCGUCGCGCCAGCCACAGAUGGUGCAACGACGGCAAAGCCAACCCUGUCCACUCCGAGGGCGACGGGAACGUUCCCUGCGAACAGCACCAGCGAGCCUAGCCAAAACAUGUCGUUUCCUCCUGGGCUCGUCAACAGCACCGCCAAGCCUUUGCCUUCCUUAAAUGCCUCGAACUAUAUCUUCAUCCUGAUCACGGUGGCGGUGGUGAUGCUUCUGAUUCUGAUCAUGGCCACGUUCCAGGUCUUCCAGAUAUGCUUCAAGAACUGCUAUUCCAAGGGUUCCCAGCUCCCCAAAGACGGUGUUGUAGCUGCAGAAGGCGAGCCAGAAGCCUCUGUCACCUGCACCAACUCUGAACCUUCCCUGGGACCCAGCAAAGCAGAGUCUAUAGCUUCUCAGGAAGAUUUCAAGCCAGCGGAACUGGGACAACCAUAAGGAGGCUGGAAAGACAUGUUAGAACAUUUGGAGAAGAAAUCUGGUGGUGGUGGGGUGGUGGUGGU